AUGCCUUCAUAUGCUAAAUUCCUUAAAGAUAUCUUGUCUAAUAAGAAAAAUCUUGAGAAUAAUGAAAUCGUUAUUCUUACUUCUGAGUGUAGCAGUAUUAUUCAAAAUAACACGCCUCUUAAGUAUUAUGUUGUUCCUUCACAGGAGGAACCACAAAACAACAUUGUUGCCCCUGCCACCAACCAAAACGAUUUCGAAUUAAAACCUUCGCUGUUAUUAGUCGUUCAACAAAACCAAUUUUCAGGUAGUCCUAUAGAGAAUCCAAACUUACAUUUAUCAAUGUUUGUGCAGUACACAAACAUAGUGAAAGCAAAUGGUGUCAGUCCCGAAGUUAUUAGACUACGUCUUUUGCCUUUUUCCUUAAGAGAUAGAGCUAGAGCUGGCGAUGCUCUAAUGGACAAACCAUGUGAUGAAGCAUAUGAACUCAUAAAGAACAUGGAUCAAAAUCAUUUAUAA